GUAGCAAUUGCCAGAGGAUUGAAUGGAAUAGGACUUGCAAUAGUCAUACCAGCCAUCCAAUCUCUUGUUGCUGAUUCAACUGAUGAUGGCAACCGCGGUACAGCUUUUGGAUGGUUAGCACUAACAUCAAAUUUUGGCUCAAUUCUUGGUGGGAUUUUGGCUGUGCUAAUAGCAGAAACAUCAUUCAUGGGAAUCCCAGGUUGGAAAAUCUCCUUCCAUCUGGUUGGUUUUAUAAGUGUAAUCGUUGGUUUUUUAGUCCGUCUCUUUGCCAAUGAUCCGCGAUUCCUUGACAAAGAUGUCAAUGCAAAAGAUCAACUUGCACUGAAACCAUUUCAAGAAGAAGUCAUUGAACUGCUAAAAGAAGCGAAAGCAGUAAUCAAAAUACCUUCCUUCCAAAUAAUUAUUGCACAAGGGGUUUCCGGGACAUUCUCUUGGUCAUCGUUGUCGUUUGUUACUAUGUGGUUAGAGCUUAUAGGCUUUUCCCAUAAGACAACAGCUCUACUCUGGACUUUGUUUCAAGUUUCCUUGUCGCUUGGCGCGUUGUUUGGGGGGCGCAUGGGGGAUGUAUUGGCCAACCACUUUCCAAAUUCUGGUAGAAUUCUUCUAGCUCAGAUUAGCUCUGGCUCAGGAAUUCCUUUAGCUGCAAUUCUACUGUUGCUAUUGCCUAAUGAUCCUAAAACAGCUUUGUUGCAUGGUUUAGUCUUGAUCAUCAUGGGAUUAAUCAUAUCAUGGUGUGGUUCAGCAACAAACAAUCCAAUAUUUGCUGAGAUAGUCCCUGAGAGAGCUCGGACAAGCAUUUACGCUCUGGAUCGAUCUUUUGAGACAAUAAUAGCAUCCUUUGCUCCUCUGGUGGUUGGUACUUUAGCUCAACAAGUUUUUGGUUAUAAACCAAUUCCAAAAGGAUCAACAGACUCUCAAGAAAUUGAAACAGAGAGACAAAAUGCUGCCUCACUUGCCAAGGCACUCUACUCAGCAAUAGGCAUUCCAUCGGCCAUUUGUUGCUUCAUAUAUUCCUUCCUCUAUUGCACAUAUCAACAAGAUAGGAAUCGUGCCCGGUUGCAACAGAUUGAUGAAACAAGCAAUUUUCCAUCUGAAGAACAACAAGCCUUAUUACUUGAGAGCGAUGAGCAUAGACCUCUUUCAGCAAUUUGUUGAAAUCCUCGGACAAAAUUUUAGACUGUCUGUACAUAGAAUCCAACAAACAGAAAUUCACUUCUCGCUGUGUUGUUUGUAUAAAAAGGACAGCCCGGUGCACGAAGCAUCCCAUAUUCAUGCAGGAUCCGAGGAAGGGUCGCACCCCUACAGGUGUGAUGUAGACAACCUACCCUAAUAAAAGUAUUAGUGGCUGCUUCCAUGGCUCGAACGUGUAACAUAUAAGUCACACGGAGACAACUGUACCGUUGCAAAAAAUUUCUAAGGUGUAUUUAUUUAUUAUUUUCAAAUGGAGUUUGUAAAGAUUAUAUCAGUUUGUAAUAUAUUAUAGUAGUAACUGGUGCAAAAAAUUCUAGUUCACGGUGUAAAUUUAUCUUAAGCUAGUUGUUUGUACCAAG